AUGACGGAUGUUUCGGCAAAAACUGAAAAGACCCCAGUCACCACGACCGAGAAAGAGGUCGAGUCGGACGAGGCGACGCCACAAGUAGCGCCUGCCGAUGCGACAGAGGAAUCUGCAACCACCGAAAAAACGGCCGUUGAAACCGAAGCCGCCGUCGACGCCGCAGAAGUAGCGGAAAAGAACGGUGAAGAAGAACCGGCCAAGGCGGAUAAAGACAACGGUGUCGGUACGGAGGAGGAAGCUGCCGUAGAGGGCGAACCGAAAGAGUCCUCGACCGAGGAGGGUGAGGAUGGCAAGGAACUGGACGGCGCUGACAAAGCGACCGAAGCUACCAAGAGGAAAGCCACCGCCGACGUGAAGGCUGACGGUGCGGUCGUUGAGGUUGAUGGUGCCGAACAUACGACGCCGGAAAAGAAGGCAAAGCUAGACGACAGCAGCGACGCCAAAGCUGCCGAAGAAGUUUCCACUUAG